AUGGUCAUUAAUACGAUCCACUGGUUCAGGAAGGGCUUGCGGCUCCACGACAACCCGUCGCUCCAGGAGUCUGUGCAGGGAGCGGACACUGUGCGCUGCGUCUACAUCCUCGACCCCUGGUUCGCUGGAUCCUCCAACGUUGGGAUCAACAGGUGGAGGUUCUUGCUGCAGAGUCUCGAGGACUUGGACUCCAGCCUCCGUAAGCUCAACUCUCGACUGUUUGUGAUCCGAGGACAACCCACGGAUGUCUUUCCUAGACUUUUCAAGGAAUGGAAUAUUUCUCGUUUGUCUUACGAGUACGACUCCGAGCCGUUUGGGAAAGAACGAGAUGCAGCGAUUAAGAAAGUGGCCUGUGAGGCCGGAGUGGAGGUGACCGUUCGCAUCUCACACACACUCUACGACCUGGACAAGAUCAUCGAGUUAAAUGGGGGUCAGUCGCCUCUCACCUACAAGCGGUUCCAGACCCUCAUCAGUCGCAUGGACGCGGUGGAGAUGCCUGCAGAGUCCAUCACGGCCGACGCCAUGGGGAAAUGCAGGACGCCGCUGUCCGACGACCACGAUGACAAGUUCGGCGUCCCCUCCUUGGAGGAGCUGGGUUUUGAUACUGAAGGUCUGUCCUCAGCUGUGUGGCCGGGGGGAGAGACCGAAGCCCUCACACGACUCGAGAGGCAUUUAGAGAGGAAGGCGUGGGUGGCCAACUUUGAGCGUCCCAGAAUGAACGCCAACUCGCUGCUCGCCAGCCCGACGGGCCUCAGUCCGUACCUGCGCUUCGGCUGCCUCUCCUGCCGCCUCUUCUACUUCAAACUCACCGACCUCUACAAGAAGGUGAAGAAGAACAGCUCGCCUCCCCUCUCGCUCUACGGUCAGCUGCUGUGGCGCGAGUUCUUCUACACGGCGGCCACCAACAACCCCUGCUUCGACAAGAUGGAGAGCAACCCCAUCUGCGUUCAGAUCCCGUGGGACCGCAACCCCGAGGCGCUGGCCAAGUGGGCGGAGGGCCGGACGGGCUUCCCCUGGAUCGACGCCAUCAUGACGCAGCUGAGGCAGGAGGGCUGGAUCCACCACCUGGCGAGGCACGCCGUGGCCUGUUUCCUGACCAGAGGAGACCUGUGGAUCGGCUGGGAGGAGGGCAUGAAGGUGUUUGAGGAGCUGCUGCUGGAUGCAGACUGGAGUGUGAACGCAGGCAGCUGGAUGUGGCUCUCCUGCAGCUCUUUCUUCCAGCAGUUCUUCCACUGCUACUGCCCCGUGGGUUUCGGCCGACGCACCGACCCCAACGGAGAUUACAUUCGGCACUACCUGCCCAUUCUGAGAGGCUUUCCGGCCAAGUACAUUUACGAUCCCUGGAACGCUCCGGAGAGCGUGCAGAAGGAGGCCAAAUGCGUCAUCGGAGUGCAUUACCCCAAGCCCAUGGUGCACCACGCAGAGGCCAGUCGUCUCAACAUCGAGCGCAUGAAACAGAUCUACCAGCAGCUCUCCUGUUACAGAGGCCUCGGCCUUUUGGCUUCGGUUCCGUCCACCUCUAACGGUAACGGGGAGAUGACCUCCGACGGGAUGGGGUUCCCCGCUGAGGCUACACACAGCGCUGCAGCUCCAUCUGGCUAUCAGAUGCCAGUUAACUCCCAGGCCGACUGGCAAAGCGGCGUCCGGAUGUACCUGCAGGCCGAUCCGCAAACCAGCACACAUCAGCAGGGUUACGCAGGCACCAGUACCAGUAUGAUGUGUUACAGCCAAGGAGCUCAGCAGUUUCCUGCACUUCAGAAAGGACCUGAACACAGUUGCAUCACUCAGUCCAGUGUCAAGCGGCACAGCGAGGACUCCCAGAAUGGCAAAGGGUCUAAACUUAAGAGACAGAGCACUCACUAGAAGGAAUGUCUGCAGACGGAUCGAGGACACAGCCGACACUAAAUGGACGUUAAGGCGUACGUGUUUUUUCAACUUCAAGAGGAGCCUCAUUA